AAUGCCAGACAAAUCUGGUGAAUGAUUAGCGAGCAUGUGGCUGAUUUGGGAUCAGAUUUAAACAACAAAAAAAAAAAGUUGCGCACGCACGCACACAACUCAACUCAAAUGGACUCUCAAUGUUUGCGAAUAUUACGGAAAGCACAACAAAACUUUCUUUUCUGCUUCGAAAACGCCGUCAAAGAAACAGAAAGUAAAGUGUUGUCGGCCAUAUUGUGGCGGAUGGCGGCCAUGGAUGUCAUUCCUCAGGAUUUAAAUCAGGAGAAGAUUCGGGAUGGUCCCAAAGAGUCAUGUUAUUCUCCCUGAAGAAGUCCUUGGUCCAGUCCGAGCAUUGUGAACUUCAGCGCUGGUACCACCCAAACCAGGGCAACCCAGUCCGCCAGCCCGCCGUUUGACGAUCCGAGAUCAUGAUGGACCCCCCCCUCUCCACUGUGAAAACAUCUCAGAUCGCCCCCCCCACCCCCACCCACCCCCGGCCCUGUUCUGUCCUGUUCCGCUGGAUGUGGUUGUGUGCUUGUUUUGGGUAAGAAGAUCCCAUCUUUAUGUGGAGUAAACGCCACCAACGUGUUAGGGCGCCUCUUGCUGGCCUAUGUGGGAACUACACCAACCUUGCACUCUGGACCACAAGUCGAGUGACGAGUGCAGAGGACUCAGACGGAGCCGAGCCCGGCCAGGCAAGACAGGAAACGCAUGAAGAAGAAUGAAUGAGCGAGCGGGGCCGACGGACACGUUUAUGGACGUGAUGAGCGGCGUUGCGUGCGUCUAGGAAGGAAGGAAGGAAGGAAGGAGACCAGCUUCAAGUGUUGUGAGAGGGGGCGACAUCGGAGAAUCCUCGCCAUGGCCGACGUGUUGGAGGGACGAGGCGGCGUAGGCGGAGCCGUGGGGGCGUCCGGUGUGGAUUGGCAGAAACGCUGCGUCGCUUUGGAGAUGCAGCUGCUCCGGUUCCGGCUCCAGGCGGGGAGAAUCCGGGAACUGCUGGCCGAGAAGAUGCAGGAGCUGGAGCAGCGGGUGAGCGACGCCGACCGGCGCGCCGAAAGUGCAGAGAAGCAGAUCCAAGUCAUGGAGGAAAAACUGAAGACCGCCAACGUACAAAGCACCGAAUCCGAGAGCUUCUUGUACAGGAAGUACCAAGACCUGACUGGGCGGGUCCAGGAAAAAGACGCCACGAUAAAGAGAUUAGAGAUCCAGCUGGAGAACCAGAUCUUAGCCCGAACCCAGGAGGCAAAGAUGAUUGAGGAAAAGGCAGCCAAGAUCAAAGACUGGGUCACGGUGAAGCUUAGAGAGAUGGAACAGGAGAACCAGAAGCUCAAAGAAGCUAACCUGAAGCAGAAGGAGCAGAUCAUUUUGCUGCAGGAAAAACUACAAGUUCUUUUAGAAACACGGAGCUCCUCUGGAUUUCCCAGCGAGUCCCCUGCAACGGACACCCACCAGCUGGACAAAAGCCCUCAGGUUCCUCCGAGCUGCCCUGGUACGCCGCCCAUGCCAAGUGACACCCGAAGACCACUAGACUUGAAGAAGACCCCGGAACUGUCUAUGAUUCCUCAUGGUCCAAACACGGAGGGCUCCAGUGGACCAGGGUCCCGGGGGUGCCCCGAAAGUCAGGCAGUGCCUUCGGACAGAGACAACGCCGACUUGAACAGCAAAUUCCGCUCACAGUGCCUGGACUCGUCUUCAUCCGGUUCCAUGGCUUACGAAGUAUCCCACCACGGACCGGGGUCCCCAAAGUCUCCGCUCAGACUCGCUCCGAAAAACCCGCUCCUGCCGCGCUCCCCCUCCACCGACAGCUCUUUGUCUCCCCAGUCGGGCGCUAGCACAACCUUACCCAAGAUCCGGACCCCGCUGACCCCCAGGGACAGCAUCCAGCUGAUGAAGAAGCACUCGAGCCAACCCCAGCCCGGCCUGGGCGGACUCCAGCGUCUGGUUAGCAUCGACAUUGCAACACCCUCGUCGGCGUCUUCCACCCUGAAGAGUACAUGCACCCCGACCCCGGUGGCGGAAACAGACAUCGAUGACGCACUCCUUGACGGCAUGGACGGCGUCGUGGAAGGUUCGGGAUCAGGGUACCCUACCGGGGAGGGGCGACACCUUUCGGGACUGUCAGAGAAACCGCAGCAUCUGGAUGGAGAAGUCGUGAAACCACCGACGCCUCCCUUGCAUCGCUUUCCUUCCUGGGAGAGUCGGAUCUACGCGGUGGCCAAGUCCGGAAUGAGAGUAUCCGAGGCCUCCCCAGGAAGCAGGGGCCCUGGUCGAGGAUCCGCCCCGCCCCAGUACCCGGCGGCGACGGGGGCGUUCCCGCAGUUGAUUUACAAGAACAUCAAGGUUCCGGUGUACACCACACUGAAAGGGAAAGCCACCCAAAUCAGCACGGUUCCACUGCGGGACGACGACUCGGGUUCCGAGGAUGACAGCGGCUCCCUGGCCAGUUUACGGACCUCCGUGCUGGGUCCGGAGAAGAAGGGCGGCGUUCCCGGGAGCCCCCGUGCCGUCAAGAGAGGUGUGUCCGUGUCCUCCAUGAGCUCCGAGAGCGACUACGCCAUCCCGCCCGAUGCCUACUCCCUGGACAGCGACUACUCGGAACCGGAACACAAAGUCCAGCGGACGUCCUCGUACUCCUGUGAAAGCACCACCGGGCCUGAGACGCUGGAAAAGUCGGGCUACCUGCUGAAGAUGGGCAGUCAGGCGAAGGCGUGGAAGCGUCGCUGGUUCAUCCUGAGGAACGGAGAGAUCCUCUACUACAAGUCUCCCAGCGACGUAAUCAGGAAGCCUCAAGGUCAGAUCGAGCUCAACUCCUCUUGUCGUAUCGUUCGGGGCGAAGGAGCCCAUACUUUCCAACUGAUCACGGAGAACAAGACCUUCUACCUGACGGCGGAUUCGCCCAACAUCCUGGAGGAGUGGAUCCGGGUUUUGCAGAACAUCCUGAAAGUGCAGGCCAGCAGCCCGGUUAGCCUGGAACUGACGUCCGCCAAGCCGACCGUCAGAGGCUGGCUCACCAAGGUCAAACACGGACAUUCCAAGCUGGUUUGGUGCUGCUUGCUCGGGAAGUUCUUCUACUACUACCGCAACCAGGAAGACAAGUUGCCUCUGGGUCGGCUGCAGAUACGCGAGGCCUCGGUCCAGGAAGUGGAUCGUUCGUGCGACUCAGACGAGGACUACGAGGCGGGCACUCGGGGCUUCCUGUCGUCGCACUGCACCUUGGUGGUCAAGCCAGCCGACCAGAGCCCCACGUACCUUCUCAUAGGAACCAAACAGGAAAAGGACGCCUGGUUGUAUCACCUGUCUGUGGCCGCAGGAAGUGGCGCAAAUUUGAGGGUGGGCACGGAGUACGAGCAGCUCAUCGGGCGGCUGCUUGACGCUGAUGGAGACGCAGAAUCGUCCCUUUGGAAGAGCGAGGCCUUGAGCUUUUCCAAGGAGGGAAUUCCAUGGCCUCUCACCACGCUGCCUUCGGAGGCUCUGCAGACGGAAGCUCUCAAGCUCUUCAAGUCUUGCCAGCUCUUCAUCAACGUCCUGGUGGAGUCUCCCUCCGUGGACUACCACACCUCGCUGGCCCAGAACGCCCUUCAGGUGUGCCUGGCGCACCCGGAGCUGCACAACGAGAUGUACUGUCAGCUCAUCAAGCAGACUAACCGACCAAUCGAGCACAACCACUCCCUCACGCAGUGCUGGCAGCUGCUGUCGGUGUGCGUGGCGCUCUUCCUGCCUCAGCAACACUUCCUGUGGUACCUCAGGCAGCACCUGCACCGCCACGCCGACCCCAGGAGCGACGUUGGUAAAUACGCCGUGUACUGCCAGCGUUCCAUGGAGAGAACGUUGCAGAACGGCGAGCGGGAGGCCAAACCCUCGCGUAUGGAGAUCGUCUCCAUCCUCCUCAGGAACCCCUACCAUCAUUCCCUGCCCUUCAGCAUCCCUGUUCACUUCAUGAACAACACCUACCAGGUGGUUGGCUUCGACGGUUCCACCACGGUGGAGGAGUUCCUCAACACGCUGAACCAGAGGGUCGCCAUGAGGAGUCCUCAGCUGUCGGGGUUCGCGCUCUUCACCGAUGACCCCGCGGGAAAAGACUCGGAGCACUGCUUGCUGCCUUCUGCCAAGAUUUGCGAUGUUAUUUCAAAAUGGGAGCACGCCCUCAAGGAGCUUCACGGGGGGAAAAAUGAGGGGACGCGGAUCGUACGUUUAACCUACAAGAACAGGUUGUGCUUCCGCUCGCAAGUGAAAGGCGAAACAGAGCGAGAGCGCCUCCUUCUGGCCUACCAAGUCAACGACGACGUCUAUCGGGGUCACUUCCCCGUUAGCAAGGAGUUAGCGAUGGAGGUGGCCGCCCUCAUGGCGCAGGUCGAGCACGGCGACCUGGAGCGAUCGGCCGCCCCGUCGCCCGCCGGGUCCACCCAAGCCAAAUUUCAUCUGAUUCUUCUUCAGGCGCUCGAACGCUUCUACCCAAAACGCUACAAGCAGAACUGCGGCACAGAUCAGCUCAGAGAUCUUAGUGAGCGUCUGGCGACCAAGUGGUCUACGCUACACGGGCGCAGUGCCCCCGAAUGCGUGAGAAUUUACCUGACGGUGGCUCGCAGGUGGCCCCUGUUUGGCGCCAAACUCUUCAGCGUCAAGACCGUGACCCCCUCCCCGGAUGAGCAGGGUCCGGCUUGGUUGGCGGUCAACGAGGACGGCGUUUGCGUGCUGGACUGCGCCAUGCACACGCUGGCGUCGUACUCCUACCAGUCGGUCAUCACCUUCGGGGGCUGCUGCGACGACUUCAUGGUGGUCACCGGCCGGCGAAAGGAGUCGGGGGUGGGGAAGAAGAGCGUGGAGAAGCUGCUGUUCGCUAUGGCUAAGCCGAAGAUCCUGGAGCUGACCCUCCUCAUGGCCAGCUACAUGAACAACCACUGGAACCCAGCCACCCCCCCGAGCGCCCCCCAGGACGUGGACAUGAACUACGCCACCAAGCGGCCCACAUUGCUGUGACGCGUCUAUCGCUAUUUCUUUGACUGACGAGCUAAUUUGAUUAGCCGGGUGAACGGUAUGCAAAGUGACGGGGGAACUAAAACGAAAACCAAUCAUUCAAAGCGUCUUCAAAACGGAUCCUGAACAACAAAAAGUAACUUGUGGUCUGCCAGAUUGUUGCCAAUUUAUUAGCCGGUAUUCAAAGCUGUACUGUACAUAAGGGAAACACUAAUAGGGGUACUUUUCCAUGAACGACUCUGCGUUACUGGCUCUUUUUGCUGCCAUCUAUUGGACAUGGAAGGUAAUGCACACUAAUGUUAAGGUUAUUACGAGUCGUACUUUCAGUGCAAUGUUGUUUUCUUAUGAACAUAGGACAGAACCACUGUUGUGACACAUUAAAAAAUAAAUUUUACAAAUAAUAUUACAUAUUUUUAUAGCUAGUUUAGUGGUGCGUUGACUUGAACUCCUCGGAUCGAACCACUAUUGUAUUAAUUUAUUGACUGUUUUUGGGGGUUAAAGGUCGUAUUUGUUACAAUGUGUGUAUGUUUGUGCGUCACAUGACAAUAAAACGAGACAGGCAUCAAGGCUUUUUUGUUGCCAUGUGUCGCCAAUUAGCCAAUCACAUUGCACAUAUAGACAAACAAGCAUUCACACUCACAUUCAUACUUAUGGACAAUUUGGAGUCGCUAAUUAAGCUAGCAUGUUUUUAUGGAAUGUGGGAGGAAACCGGAGUACCCGGAGAAAACCCACGCAUGCACGGGGAGAACAUGCAAACUCCACACAGACAUAACCGAGGAUGGGGAAAGACAAAAUAAGAAGCCAAAAGGUUACCACUUCCACACAAAA